CGCGCCUUCGUAUGAGUUGUGUCGCUCCCGACCCCUGCCCCCGCGUCCCGCGCUCGUCUCGCCCGCAUUCUAGUCGUGGGUGUCGCGCUGUGCAGUCUUCGCGUGUGUCGCUCAACUUAGUGCGCCGUUUGUGAGUGCUUUAGUUUUCGCUCGAGUGACAGUGUGACGAAGGAAACCAGUAGCCCAUUGCGGAGGAUGUUAACAGCUCACGCAGGUAGCAGCUGUUGACGACCACAGUAGCACGCCGUCCGGCCACUUUUAUUCACACCCCCGCUCCUUUCACCCUCUCCAAGAUUGCUGCCACCAUGGGUCGGAAGAAAAUACAAAUAUCUCGGAUUACGGAUGAACGGAAUCGACAGGUGACGUUCAACAAAAGAAAAUUUGGAGUGAUGAAAAAAGCUUACGAGUUGAGCGUCCUUUGCGAUUGCGAAAUUGCUCUCAUUAUUUUCAGCUCCAACAAUAAGUUGUAUCAAUAUGCUAGCACGGAUAUGGACAAGGUGUUAUUGAAAUACACAGAGUAUAACGAACCGCACGAAUCGCUGACGAAUCGGAACAUCAUCGAGGCCCUAACGAAGAAAGAGCAUAAGAAUGGAGUGAUGUCACCGGACAGUCCCGAAGCCGAGCCCGAAUACAACCUGACCCCCCGCACCGAAGCCAAGUACUCGAAAAUUGAUGAGGAAUUCCAAAUGAUGAUGCAAAGGAACCAGUUGAACGGCAGCAGAGUCGGUGUGGGCGUCACUGGAAGCAACUACAACCUGCCCGUCAGCGUGCCAGUCGGAAGUUACGAUCAAUCGCUCUUACAAGCUAGUCCUCAGAUGCACCCCUCUAUUAGUCCACGGCCUUCGUCUUCGGAAACUGAUUCUGUAUACCCCAGCGGCGGAAUGCUCGAGAUGUCGAACGGUUACCCGGGCUCGGGGUCCCCGCUGGGCGCGAGCUGCACGCCCUCCCCCUCCCCCGGGCCCGCGCCGUCCCCGCGGCACGCGCACAAGCACGCGCACGCGCCGCCGCCGCACCACUCGCCGCGGCACAGCAACCUGCGCGUCGUUAUACCCACCGCCAUGCCGCCGCAGCAGGAUGAUAUAUCGUAUACUGGAGAGACACCGCUAAGCUACUCAGGACUCGGCAACUUUGGACCACAGGACUUCAGCAUGAGCUCGGACAUGGGGAUCGGGCUGUCGUGGGGCGCGCACCAGCUGCAGACACUACAGCACAAUAGGUACAUUAGCAGCCUGCCCGUGCUGGGCGGGGGCACGCCGCCGCCGGCCGCGUCGCCCAGCAACGUGAAGAUCAAAGCGGAGCCGGUGUCGCCGCCGCGCGCGCCCGACCACCUGCACCGCGCGCCGCCCGCCGCGCCGCAGCCCGCGCACCUCGCGCCCGGACUCGAUGGCCAAGACAUGCGACACAACGCCGUCCCGCUGGACUACGAGCAGCCCCACACGAAGCGGCCGCGGAUCGAGGGCUGGGCCACAUAGCUAGGCUAUGAGGCCUUCGGUCCCUACCCGAGGCCCCUCCACCCGCACUGCUAGAGCCUCGGGGGCCCAGGCCUCGCGAGCCCUCCGCGCCGAACGAGCUUCGACCCUACCGUCCUGCUCAUAAACGCUCUUUUCCGACGGUGCUGCUCGGUGCUGCAGGUGCCCUCCGGUGCUGCGACAGCCCGGCACUCCGGGAAAGGGCCGCCCUCCUCCCACCCCUCCCCUAGAUCGGUGUUUGCAAUGUUCACGACCCUUAUACGUAAUCGAUGUUACACGCCAUCACCACAGUAGCGACUUCUGUUCGAAAUUGAACCCUACGCGUACGUAGAUAGAUUUCUAAUUUCCUCUGUAUAUAGAUGUUAUAUGUGCAAUCCGUGCCAUUGUCUGUUUAGCUUAAAUGUUAGUCAAUUUAAAAUUAGUCACGAUAAGAAACAGUCGAUAUUGCGAUCGGCGAGUGAACUGUUAUAAGCAGCCGGAAGGAGUGAAGUGCGCAGAGUGCGACAGACCGCAGACAUUUGUGCGAGUGCGAAAGAGACGGACACUGUUGACUUUGUGUUAGUGUUUUAUAGUUUUUUUGUGCCAUUUUAAAAUAUCAUAGUGUGACAUCCGAACUUUGAAUCUUUGUAAAUUAAGUGUAGCAUCAUCACAGAAGAUAAUAAGUUAUGUAUUGGAAAAUGUACUUUAUGUAUUGACAUAUUUAUACACGAAAAUAAUAUUGAUAUUUACACAAUAUGUAUACACGUCCCGUUAGGUACGAAUGUUAUGUAUUGUAAGUAGGUAAUGUUAGCUAGAUAUGAGUAUAUAAAUGUACCACACGAAGCUUUAAAAUUCUUAUGAUAACUCGCACCUUAAGCAGUUUCGUCUUGUAAGUGAACACGAUUUACUGUAAUUAGACUCCUUUCAAACUCUACAAAUCUUCUAAUUGAUCUCAUUUGGAUCACAGUUUCCAUCAGAGAAGUCAAAAAUGCGGGCGUAUCAUCCAGACCAAAUAUUGAAGUCAAUUUAAAAUCAUAAUUCAUUGUGUACGAGCGUACUUGUAAAGUACAUGUUAGUGUUUAGUGGCUAUAAUUGGGUACUAACGUAUGGUGAAGCUUGUUGUUAUAUAUUACAUUUUGUUAAUGUGAUCUGAAGCGUCG